AAAUUGCUCUCUCCACACACGUGACUAGGUGAGCGCCUCUCCUCUCUCUCUCGCACGUGCCAACGUUUUGAUUUGUUUUAUAAUCCCGCUCCUCUGAGAGAUCGUAACUCACUCACUCUCUUCCCCAAGAAUACUCGCCGCUUCAAGAGUCUCACCAGUUCAUCAAUCGCCUACUGAAGAUUCAGAGCCACCGGAUCUUGAAAAUGGCGGAGGCGAGAGAUCGAUUGGAGAAGCCGGUGGAUUACGCGGCGAUAUUUGCCAACAGACGCAGUCACGGUGUGUUGCUCGACGAGCCAGCGUCAGGUCUCGGUGUGUUGGAACAUCCAGUUCGCAGAUUGCCGUCGGGUUCUCGGGUGUAUCCACAGCCUGGAUCUUUGAUUGGAGGCAACUACAGUUCGUGGAGGCCUGGUCAUGGGAGUGGUCAGAGUCCGUUUAGAUCCUCUCAGGGAAGAGAGAAUCUGCCUAGGCGUGGAAGAGGUGGUGCUUCAGGGAGUUUGUUACCUUCUUGGUACCCAAGGACGCCUCUACGUGAUAUAACUCACAUUAUGCGGGCUAUUGAGAGAAAAAGAAGAGCUGGUAUGGGAGUAGAGAGUGCCCUGGGGGGUGAGACUCCAUCUCACCAACAAGUUCGUUUUCUUGAAACUCCGGUCGCAUUGGCGGAAGAUGAGCACAAUUGCGUAAUGGUGACACCUGCUCCAGCUGUGGGAUUGAAGCGUAGUUGCCCUCCAUCAACUGCUAAAGUCCACAAGAUGUUGCUUGACAUCACAAAGGAGAUAUCUGAGAAGGAUGAAGAAGCAGGGUUCAUCACUCCCGAGAAGAAGCUACUCAAUUCUAUCGACGUGGUGGAGAAGAUUGUGAUGGCGGAGAUUCAGAAACUGAAGAGCACUCCGCUUGCAAAACGGCAAGAGCGGGAGAAGAGGGUCAAGACUUUGAUGUCGAUGCGAUGAUCCCACACUUAGGAGAAGAGACACCAGAGGGAAGUACAUCAUCUUCUGAUGAUAUCAAAAUCAAUCAUUAUCAUCUUCUGAUGAUAUGUCUUCUACAAGUCCUUGCGUAUAUCAUUUUCUUAUGAUUCAAUCUACUAGAAAAGUUCAAUCAUCUUGUUGAUGAUUUUGUAAGAUCUGGAAUCAUCUACUGAUGAAUAUAGUUUUGAUAGUUUUACACAUAUAAUGUUUGGAGUCUCCACUGUAGACAUUUUUCCCUUGUAGAUGAAUCUCGCUCUUGUUGCGUUGAAUAAUUGUGAGUUGGUA